GCUUCUCAAACGGGAAGCACACUGUUCACAACUUCUCCAGCAGCUGUGAAGUGGGACCUAUGUGGUAUCACGCAGUAUCAGCGAGCAGGAGUCGGCCAAAAUGUGAGGGGAAAGCAGCCAUACACCACUUUCUGAUGGUGUGCAGUGGAAAAGUGUAGCAGAUCUCAAAACAAUGCGUAAAGUUGUUGUUACGCAGCAGGGACGCGCCAUAUUCUAUGCGUAAAAGUGAGCCAACGAGGACAGAAGUGAACCUUCUGCGGUGGGUGAAAUGUUUUCUCGGAUGCGAUGAGCCUUUGGGACGUAAAGAAAAGCUGACACUGUAAGGAACAAUCAUUUCGAGCUUUACAGUUGAUAUUCGCUUUCCAGGGUUUGGCGACAGCGCCGGAGCGGAGCGCGCAGCGGAGUAAUGCUGGACAGUUACUAAGCCGUCUGGAGAACUCAUGAUUUGAAUUUGUCUGGACUGCAGACUUUAUGUAAGAAGUAGGACAAGCAUAACACCGCCCAGCUAGCUCUUUCCGUCAUGCGUAGAGACGCGUUGCCCAGCAUCUUGACGUUAUGACAGACAUCAGCUUUGAACGUUAAAUUCUACAGAAAGUUGCAGCUAGCUGAUGCCACAACUCCAGCAGGAGUCAGUGGAAAGUUUUGUCGUUUACAUCCUUCUGUCUACCUCUUCUCAACAUGGACGAGAGUGUUGAGUCUGCUGCGGCGGACAGCUGCUCGGACGGGGAGAGCAUCAACCUCAGCGUGCUCAACUGGGAGCAAGUUCAGCGGCUGGACACCAUCCUAACCGGCUCCAUUCCCAUCCACGGACGGUGGAGCUUUCCCACUCUGGAGGUGAAGCCGCGGGAUAUCGUGAAGGUGGUCCGGAGCCGCAUGGAGGAAAAGCGGAUACAAGUCCGGGAGGUGCGACUGAACGGCUCUGCGGCCAGCUACGUCCUGCACGAGGACAGCGGUCUGGGAUGGAAGGAUCUGGACUUAAUAUUCUGCGCUGAUCUGAAAGGAGAGAUGGAGUUUAAAAUAGUGAAAGAUAUAGUUCUGGACUCUCUUCUAGACUUCUUGCCCGAGGGAGUAAAUAAAGAAAAGAUCACUCCAGUGACCCUAAAGGAGGCCUAUGUGCAGAAGAUGGUGAAGGUGUGCAAUGACUCAGACCGCUGGAGUCUAAUCUCCCUCUCCAACAACCGUGGCAAGAACGUGGAGCUGAAGUUUGUGGACUCUCUUCGGCGGCAGUUUGAGUUCAGUGUGGACUCCUUCCAGAUCCGCCUGGACUCGCUUCUCCUCUUUUACGAAUGCUCAGAGCACCCCAUGGCUGCCACUUUCCACCCCACAAUUCUUGGGGAGAGCGUCUAUGGCGAUUUCCCCACUGCCCUCGAUCACCUGCGCAAGCGUCUCAUCUGCACGAGGAGCCCUGAGGAGAUUCGAGGCGGGGGUCUACUUAAAUACUGCCACCUGCUGGUGCGUGGUUUCCGUGCAGCUUCUGACAGUGAGAUGAAACUGCUGCAGCGCUACAUGUGCUCGCGCUUUUUCAUAGACUUUUCUGACGUGAGCGAGCAGAGGAGGAAGCUGGAGUCCUAUCUGCAGAACCACUUUGUAGACCUGGAGGACAGAAAGUAUGACUAUCUGGCCACGCUGUAUGAUGUGGUGCAGGAGAGCACGGUGUGCCUGAUGGGCCACGAGAGGCGUCAGACGCUCAGCCUCAUCUCUUCGCUGGCACUGCGGGUUCUGGCCGAGCAGAACGCCAUCCCCAACGCUGCCAAUGUCACCUGCUUCUACCAGCCGGCUCCUUAUGUUUCAGAUGGCAACUUCAGUAACUAUUACGUAGCGCAGGUUCAGCCUGUCUACCCCUGUCCUCCCUCGCCUCCUCAGCAUUACCUUUCUCCCCCGCAACAUCCCAUGUACGCCACGUGGCUGCCCUGUAACUAAACUUUGUGUACCUUCUUGCACUUUUGCGGAACUGGUGGAACUCGUAUCCCCUUGAAAGGGAUGAAUGAUGAUCUUUUUUGUCUUCUUUGAGAUGAGAAAUUGAGGGAAAUGGAACCAGGAUCAAGGCAGUAGGCCAGAGAAAGGCUUUUCUUAGCAGGAGCACACAGGGAGAGAUCGUAAUGAGAGAGGCUGAUCCAUCAGUUUUAAGGUUCCAUCAUCAGCGCUGAGAACGAUUUUAGUAGACCAAACCACAGCUCGGCCAACAGCCUGUGAGUUACAGCUCACAGGAACUCACAUUUAAAAUGAUGAACAUGCAUAAUGUCCUCGUCCUCUUCAAAUUAAAAACCAAAACUGACUUGCUAAAAGCCACAGCGAGUAAUAGAGGACACACAUAGCGUGCUGAAGACUGGAUUUGUGUCAAACAAUGGCAACCUUUCUGACUCCUUUUUACAGACGAUGCAAAAUGAGGAACUGGAUACUGUUUACAAAUCCAAAGAUCUACUUAAUUGAUAGUUGAUACUCAACUUUAUCUGAAUUCUGAGGAAAAACAACAACAACGAAACAAUGCAUGCUUUAUUUCUGUACAGGAAUAAUUUUCUUUAAGUGCCUAGAUAAAGCCUAAAGGGAAGAGAUAUUUUGUGAUUCUUUAUCGUAGAGAACUCUUGAGUUGUCUGACAUUUUCAGUGAAUGAUAAUGAAUGUCCUGUGGAACAGAUAGUUUACUUACAGUAUGCUGAGGUCUCUUACACCGAGGAAGGUUUUGGACCAACUAAUUUUUGGCAUUGUUUAGUUGAAGAUUCUGUUCUUAUCUGCAGUCCUGCUGGAUGAACGCACAUCCUGAUUACUAAGAGGAAGUAACAACAUAAUCUCAUUAUCUGUAGAGAGAAGGGGUGGUGGAGGUUGGAUCAAAAAUGCUUACGAGAGUAAAACAGAUCAGAAAUUUGACAUAAAUGUACAGAGAAAGAAAGGUUUUGGCAGCAGGAGAGCAAAUGAGAGCGAAUAACAGCUCUUAUCUGCAAUUUUGUUGGAUUGCAAAAUAAGGUAGUCCAGUGAACAGCUUGUUAAAAUCACAGAAAUGAAAUCCAAUCAUCUGUCAUCUGAGAUGAAAUGCUACAUAAAGAAAAGUACUUGAAUUUGUAAAGGUUUUGUCCAUAAAGCAUUUUAAAAUGCAAUUUCAACACAUGCAGUCUUUUAUCAAAAUCAAUUUCAGCUACAUGCUCAAGCUUCCUUAAAGGUGCCUUGUGGGGUUUUCUUGUAAAAAAAAAAAAAAGUUAUGUUUAAAUUUACUUAGUUACUCACCCAAGAUACCCAUCAGUGUUAUCCACACAUAGACUUUACUUGGGUGGGCCACCAAAGUAUAUCUGUCAACCCAUUUUAGCGUUUUUUAUUUUAUUUUUUUAUCCGUCCGAGAGAACGAUUCCAAUCCGCGAUUGAUUAACUGGUGGAGGAUCUCUCCUCGCUCUACCCCCUCUGUGCAGUCUAUUGACAAUUACUCUGCAGAGAAACUUCUCUGGUAUUACAUUAGAAGAGCUGCUGGGAAAACAGAAACACGAAUUGUGUUUUUUGGGCGACUGCUGACGAAGAAAGUCAACAUAGCAGACAGAUACAGGGAGAGAGAAACCGAGACGGUCCGGGCGAGGCAAGCCGUGCACGCCCACUCCUACCGCACACACCCUGUGUGUGGUAGGAGUGGGCGUGCACGUGUGGAGAAAAGAAAGAGAACUGAAGGGAAAAGCAAGGUAAGCAGAUCUAAGUAGUAAACAUUAAAAUAAAAUGGAUAAUUAAGGAAAGUUAAAAUGGUGAUAUAAGAAAUAACAUACUAUAAAGAGGGUCCUCAUAAAACAUUUGAUCAAGCAUAUUUUUACUAAAUUUUAAGGUGCAUUAGUAAGCUUCUUGUGUGUUACAGUGGAAUAGCAGUGAAUGAUGGCGGGAUAUAAACCACUGCAUGGUUGCACCUGGGCAAGUGAGUCCUCGUAUGCACGAAAUAAUACAAACAAAUCGGGGGGGCCCACUUGGAAAAAUUAUUUCUCCAAAGUGCUACUACUGGUCAAAAAGUCCACAGCUUUAAGUUUCAGUAAAUCAGAUAUGUGUUAAUAGACAUAUAUAGAUAUAUUAAUUUGAUAUCAAAUAUAUUAAAUUGUCUUUUUUUGCAUUGUUUUAAGCAGUUUAAUAUCAUUUUGCCAUGCUUUAUGCAAUGUAAAAAGUGUGUUUUCUUUCAAUGGAUAAGAGAGAAAGAGAAAACGUUCAAGAGACGUCUACAAAUAUCUGCAGACCACGCAGUGAUACAACAAACCUGUUUAUCAGAGGGGUGGGUGGAGCUUGGGUUGUGAAUGCAGUGACGAAGCAGCAGAGAAACUUCAGAAUGGAGUGAAGUAAAGGCAUGCUACUGGUAGAGUCACCUUGCAGAGGAGAUUAUGUCAAAAUAAAAAAUUAAGCCAGAGAAGCUCCAAAGUUCAGUGGAUAUUAGCCAAUGUAGAUUUCAUCUUCUCUUUUAUAUAAAAAGAGUCAACGUUUGGGAUGUGUGGAACUUUGGGCUGCAUGAGCAGAUGACAGCUGCCAACAAUUUAUCUCUUCUCAGCAUGAGAAAGCACCAAAGAAUGAGGAAAUGUAGAGUACAGAUAAGGACAACCACAUUCCUAUUUGAAUGGCACUAAGACAAGUUGGCUCGUGAUCAUGAAAAUAACAGGUGUACAUGUUCAGCUUUACAAGUGCAAGAGACUCAGCAUAUUCUAUCAAACAUGAUGUCAGAUCUCCUAUUUUUCUAUCAAUCUCUAUUUUUGUACAGUUUGUGUUUGACCGAUGUAGCAGGCAGAGUCAAAGCUGUGUCACUGAGUCUAUUUUGUGGUGUGUGUGAAUCUGUGUUAUUUUGGCUGAUGAAGAGCAGUGCAGGUGGACGACAUGGUGGCUAUGCUGGGAUGCAGAUUUAACUUGUGUUCACUUUGUGUGUGCUCUGAGCUGUUUCAUAUGGGUUUCUGUUGCUCUAAAGAGAUUUGUUUCACUGUUCUUCAUUUUAACUGCCGUCCUGAUUGGACACGAAAGUAAUGAUCUGCUAAUUGUGUUCAAGUUGACCAACUUGAGAAUUAAAAGCAAAAAAAGACCAUCAUA